GCACCGCUUGGCUCGGCGCGCCUCGCGUCCUCCCGGAAGCCUCACAUCCUGGGUCGGCGCCGGCGAGACAGAAGCGAGCCCAACGAGCGGGCUCUGGGGGGCGGCGUGCUCCGAGGAACCCCCUCCCUCGCAGCCCGCCGGGGGGCGGCCAGGCCCGGCCCACCGCCCGCCGCCUCCCUCUCCCCCCCCCCCCUUCCCCGCGGGCCACCCCGGCACCUCAGCGGGGCGGGGGCGGGCGCGGAGCGAGGAGCGAGGAGCGCGGCGGCGGCGAUGGCUUUCGAGGCGCUGGCGGAGGCUGCGGAGCGGUGGUGCGCCCGCACGCCCUUCCAGCUCAUCGCCGCCGAGGAGACGGAGCGCCGCAUGGACUUCUACGCCGAGCCCGGCGUCUCCUUCUACGUGCUGUGCCCGGAGGCUGCCUGCGGCGACAAUUUCCACGUCUGGAGUGAGAGUGAAGACUGCUUACCUUUUCUGCAGCUCGCGCAGGAUUACAUCUCUUCCUGCGGGAAAAAGACACUCCAUGAAAUACUGGAAAAAGUCUUCAAAUCCUUCAGACCUCUACUUGGGCUUCCAGAUGUUGAUGAUGAUGCGUUUGAAGAAUAUAAUGCAGAUAUGGAAGAAGAGGAACCAGAAGCGGAUCACCAACAAAUGGGUGUCAGUCAGCAGUAAUGUCCAGAGGAGCUGUAGAAUUGGGAAUCCCGUGGCACCUGGUGGGGUCAGAUAGUCCCACGUCAGCCUGUUUGAUUUCGCUCAUCACGUGGGAUAUCUGGCUCCCAGGAUACAAGUUUUAUGAAAUGUUUAUUUAAAAAAAUAAUAGCAAUCUGUGAUGGGCUUUGCUAAGAAGUGACCUGAAUUUUGCUCCUGCUUCAGUGGAGUUUUUAUGGAGUUGUCUUGGUAGUAUUCUGCCAUUACCAGUCUAGAAGUAGUUUUGUUGCUGACUGUCUCCUUGAUUUGUGUUUGAGAGUAAUGUUCACUGACAUGAAUGUAGGGUUGCCUUGAAUGUAGGGACUGCAGGGUCGGUGUGCUGAGCACUCCUGGCGUGUCAUCUCUCGGGGAAAUUGGUGCAGAGAGUAGAUGCAACCAGCACUUUUCUUUUUAGUUCAACAGCUGUGGUUUGUGGCUCUCUACCAGACAGAGCACCAUAUUUUGAGAAGUUUCUCCUGAAAAACACUAGUUUAAUAGUGGUCAGUGCUGCAGAAAUGCACGUGGAGGCUCAGCUAAAAUGAUGGAGAGUGACAAGUCCAGGAGGUAUUUGUGUUGGACCUGUUAAUGUCAUUUUACUGACACCUGAGUUUACAAGUGAUUGGAUUCAUAACCGGGAGCAAUUAGAGCUCUGGCAUUGACAGUACAUAUCAAAACAAACCUGGGUUCUCUCACACCAUUUAACCCAAAGCCAAAUACUGUUUUUGUACUAAUUCAAUCAAUUACAGGCAGCCAUUGCAUAUCCCACGUCUGCAUGAAAACCGACUGUAAGCUUCACUAUUUUGAAAACAUCGAUAAAUUACUGCACAAAUCUUGCAGUGUCGCCAACUGAAGUGCAACUUAACUUGGAAGCCAUAAGUCUGUAAACCAGCUUGUAACAUUAUGCUGGACCUUUUCCUCCCUCUUUGGUCUUUGAGCUAAUCUGAGCAUUUCCACCUCUGACGAGGGGAGCUAAAACACUACCCAAGCAGGAGGCUCCUCGUAUCUUAUACCUACUUUGCAUGGGUUUAAGUGGCUCCAGUGAGUGCCAGACUGUGAAGAUGCAGGGUCUCCUUAUUUACAUGCCUUUUGUACUGAAAAUAUAAGAAACAGAGUGAUGCUGUUGUAAGACAUCUGUUUUCUGUGACUGAACGUAGCGUUUCUGAAUUUAUUCCUUUCUUCCAGUUUCUUUCUAAAUGGCAAAAUGAAGGUCACACACUUUGAAAGCCCUUUUAUACAGAAUUAGCUUUAUGAAAACAAAAAGUGAGCGAAGAAAAAAUGAUAGGACAAUUCCCAGAAACAGCUCACACCAUUUUGAAAACCCCGUUGGUAGCAACAUCUCCUUUUCCAUAGACUUUUAAAAGACUUUUAUUUUUCAAGAUUACUUAAGAGAGGAAGUUUUCUUGGGGAUUUACAUUUCUGACGAUGGGUUCAGAGGUGCAGAGCACCUGAUUUUUUUCCAGCCUGACGCAAAGACCUUCCAUAACCAGGACAGUGUGUGGUACCCGAUUACGUACAGGAAUGUCUGCAAUGCUUUCAAAGUUCAGGUUUAAGAAUAUAAAAAAGAACGGAAGAGAAACAGAUCUUAAUGAAACUUUGUACAUUCUUUUGGCAUGCAGGCAUAAACACGGUAGUUGCAACACAUUUUCUAUGGACUAGUGACGUGAGAACUGUGGCAGUUCAUUGUUUAACACUGUGCAGCAGCAAUAGGCUUUUUGCUUACAAUUAUAAAGUGUAAGAACAGUGGGUUCCAUCCCUGCUUUAGGUCCCUAAGUUUUUGUUCCUCCCCAUGAAAAAAGAUGUCAUAACCUUGCUUCAGGAGAAGCUUUCUCUUUGUAGCAUCCAUUGCUUUGGUUACGGCUCGUACAAAUGGAUCUUUUGGGGCUGGCUUCCCUCUGCUGCAGUGCCAAGCAAGAUGUAAUUUACAGUAGCACAAACUAUUGUUUGAAUUGUUAAUGAGCGGUUGAACAUUAAUAUGGAUGUAUGCAAACAUAAAGCUGUAAAUCAUGUAGAUACAUUAUUUUCUGCAUUCACUAACUCACUUUUUCUGGAAUGCCAUGUGCCAUUGGAGUGAUCUCUCCACCAGAGUGCAAGUGCUUGGUAGAUGGGGGCUGUUCUCUCCUGUUCUCUCUGGUGGGGGAUGUUCUCUGUUCUCUAAAGCUCUCACUACGGCCAGCAAGAUUGUAUUCAAAUGCAACUCUGGAGGCUGCAUGAGGCUCAGCCCUGCAGAGAGCUGCACACCUGUGUCCCCCCUCAUGCUGCUGGGAGCAGAGCGUGCAGCCUCACUGCUGUACUGAAGCACUGCCAGGCAACACUAACAAUAAACUGGAAAUUUUAUACACAAGAAAACUUAAGUGACGUGUGUGUUAAAUGUGAAUGAGCAUUAAUAUAGAAUGUAUUUUAUCAAAAAAUGUUGAUUGCUUCCUUUGACCAAAUACAUUUCUGUAUGAUCAUGUUACGUGUUCCACACUUACCUAAUGCUUCAUCGUAUCACAAAGUAUUUACAAGUUUUAUUUGUGUUUAUUUGUUCUUCAGUCCUCUACAUUUUGGGGUUGGUAACCAUUCAGUAACUCACUGAAGACAGCGUGGCCCUGGCUGGGCUGCCACACUGAGAGGCUGCACCUGUGAACACAUGUGCAAACACUUGCAGGUGUGGGGACUCAGUAAGAGAAUGUGGGUUAGGGCUCUGCCACUGCCCUGCUCUGAGCUUUGGGUGGAUUUCAGCAGCUGGGUCCCUGUGAAAUUCGGUGAGAGGAGGAAAAGGACCCUUUUGGGGAGAUGCCAGGAUUUGGAGACCACCCCAACCACCUGCAAGGUAUCUGCUUAUUGAACCUCUGCAGUGCAUGUAAAAACUGCUCUGGGCAUUCCUGAGCACAGUCACUUGUUUCUGCUAGCAUCCUGCCCAAUGAAUACAUUGAGUUGAUGAGGGAAGAAGGAGCUGAGAAAAACUAAAAGGCCUUCUCCUCUUCCCUAGCUGUGUAAUUUGUGGUGUUGUGUGAGUAGGUCAGAGUGAUGGGCAGGGAGCAGGAAGCUGCUUUAUGAAGUAUGCAGUAAAAAACUCUUUAACAGGAUUUGCUAAUGAUGCAUUGAGAAAAAACACUGGCAAACUUUCUCCUCACAGAGAUGUGGGGAGUAACACGCCCCUGAACAUGAUGGCCUGAUGGCAGGCUUCUUCAGCUCUGCCCGGGGCUGGUUCCUCUUUGUUUAGUGCCUUUGAAAGGUGCCUGCUCAUAAAAAUGCUCCUUAGGAGGGGAGCAGCCCAAGCUGGUUCUGCUUUGGCAACCUGACUAUAUGACUGCUGCUGCAUUUUGGUGCAGAGUCAUGUGUAAGGUAUGCUGGGUGAGAUGGUGGCUGGGGGCAGCAGAUGUUCCUGCGAGGCUGCUUAGCGAGUGACUGGCCUUUUCUCCUCUGGAAGCUGGGAUGUGAGGCUGUGAUAGAAUAUUGACUGCAAUGACAGUAUGGGUAUUGCCCUGCAAAGAUGCCAUAGGGGACAAGCCUUUUUGAGCUUGUGUUUUGAUCUUUCACAGGGACCCAGCUUGCGAUCAGCAAGGUUAACACUUGAUCCAUCCUUCCCUCACGUCCAUCAUUCCCUCAUGUACAUCCUUUCCUCAUGUCCAUCCUUACCCCACAUCAAUACUGCUCAGUCCUCAGAAUUUCCCAUAUCCAGAAAAGACAAAGCAGCCAAAGAGGGUGAAGAAGACCCCUUUCACAAGGGUGUGAGACUGAUGCCUAUCUAACUAAUCUACCUUUCAAAAAUCAGGCCCCCUUAAACUGUCCUGGCUGGGCAUCCAGAAAGUGAGGUUUCUCUGGCUGCAGUCUGUAUCUCUGGCAUGGUUUUUUUCCCCUCAUAGCUAAGGGCUUUUUUUAAGGAAGAAAAUACCUGAAGAAACGUCUGUGUUAUCACAAACCCCAGUUUCUGCAAAGCUGUGUACCAGAGUGCUGUCCAUCCCAGUGUGGUCACAAAUGCUCAGAUUAACAAAGAGGCUGUUCCUUUGUCUGAAGAAACAGUCUUCAAAUGAGCUACUAAACAAAGCUGUCUGGUUUCAUGUAAAAUACAUCCAACUCUGAAAUUUCCUUUUUGCACUGACAUGCUGCUGCUCCUGUAGGCAGAGAUCUGCAGUAGCACUGUGUAUAAAGGAUGUCUGCUUUCAUCUUUGGGGUGGCAGUGGAAACGACAGCCCCAGAUUUUAGUCAUCAACAUCUUUUUGUUGUUGAGUUUUCCUAUAAUGAUGUGGGGAUCAGUCAGAGCUCAACACCUCAAGCAGUAAUAAUGUUAGACCACACCAUGUGAAGACUGUCCUUGCCGAGCUUGCCACCAUUUGUUUUUCUGACUGGAAGAUCUCUGUCUCUUUUGGACUUCAAAGCUGUCAAGUGUUGCCCUUUUGCUCAAUGCUUUAUCAGGUGUGAGCCUCCAGAGGAGCCCUGUCUAUUCUUCCCUUCCUCCUUCCUCUCCCACCACCGAGGUGUCAAAUCCAACAGUGUAGUUACACUAUAGGCUGCCAUUAAAGAGCUUACCAAAUGCUAGUGACUGAUGGAGUCUUUUCUCUGUGAGCAAAAUAAACUAAACAGGGGUCCUGAUGGGGUAAAGUGUAGCUAAAAUGUGUGUGAGGAAGAGGAGGAGAGGCUUGUGUUUCCCGAGAUACACCUGGUGUUUGCAGGUGUAAGGAGGAGAAAAUGAUUUCAUCUGAGCUUUGGGUGUUGCAGAAUAAGCCCUGCUCUGCAAGACAGGAUCCUGAACUGCCAGGUCUUUCCAUUUAGUGCGAAAGAUUUGCUGUCAGAACAUGGGAAUUAGUGGUAAUAUUUGCAGAUGAGCAAGUGUUUCAGAUUUCCCAGGUCCUCUUUUGUUUUGCACAGAUUAGGGAGACAUCUGUUCUAAUUAACAGACAUGUAACGACGUUUAAAUGAAAAUAGGAAGUUAUGUUCAACUCAUUUGCCUCUUUUUUUUAAACACUGCCAUUUUAAUUGUCACUUUGACAUCUUCUCACUCUGAUUUAGUGGCAGGAAUGCUGCCAAUUGUUUCCUUUUGUCACGAGUCUCUUGUCUGUGGGUUGAAGAGCAUUUUCAGCCCAAGAGCGAGUGCUUUAACUUAGCACUUUGCCUUGCAUUCUUGGCCCUUCAUGUGGUGUGAGUGCUCUGUGGGAGGACUGUGGCCAUGGUGUGUGCUGUGGUACAUCCAGAGCCCUCAUUGGCAACUCCAAGGCUCCUGCCUGUAGAGUGCCUACUGGCUGGCUCCCUUGGUGAACAAUCCUGGCAGCACGGAACUCACAGCCUCUUGAGGGACACCUGAGUGUGGCUGAGGCAGUGGUUGGGCUCUGCUACUGUCUUCUUACAUAUACAGCUGCUCCUAUGAAAGAGGCGAUGGACCCAGCCCGUCUGCAGCUGCUGGGAACACACUGCCUGCUCAGAUCGGCUGGAUGGACUUCUCCUUUUUCCAAAGCUGCAGUCACCUUUACAAUUGUGGAUGGCAGCACCCUGCUCAUGUAGGUGUCAGCUGUGGGACAGUGGGCCUUUCUCUGAGGCCAGGGACCCCACACAAGAUGGUGGCUGAGCCGGGGCAUGCUGCUCCACACACAGGUCUGUCCAUGCUCCAGAUCUCCUUCCUCAGUUAAGAAAGCAGGC